AUGUGCCUGACUGACGAUGAGCCAAUAUGUGCAAUCUGUAAACUCUUUGGAAAACACAAGGACAAUGUUGCAAAAGUAUCAGAAGCUUACAAUGCAAGAAAAAAAGCAUUUAUAAAAAAAUUACACUUAGUUCACAAGAAAUCUGAAGAAGCUAGGAAGGAAACUGAAAAGCUGACUAAUGAGCUAACAGCUGGUGCUACAGACACCAAGGUAAUGAUUGACACAGUUGGAAUGGGUUUGCUGAAGGGCAUAUGGUACCGAAUGGCUGAACUGCAAUCCAAGUUACACCAUGACUAUUCUACAAAACUGGAGAAACUGCAGGUAAUCUCAAACGAGGCCAAAGCUUCUGGACAGCUUUAUCAGCAAAUGGAAACCCUCCUGGAACAGCACGAAAACUCUGUACAAUUUCUACAGGAGGACAAAAAAUUCAAGGAAAACAUAGAAAAAGUGCUAGAAGGAAAAGGCUCCUAUCAGGACCCACCAAAGCAUAAAAUUUCAAUGCAACAGUAUUUUGAAGAG